AUGUUUCACGAUUCAACACCAACCCCAGCUGCGAAGGUGCGGCGACAUCAAAAGCAGCGCCCUGCAGUUCGCAGUCACUAUAAACUGGACGAAGUUGCGGAGUUCAUUCUUGCAGGGAACUCUGCCCCACCUGCCGAAUCCGUGCCUUUUAAGCGUGUUGCGUUGCAAUUCCCUGAUGAAUUACUUGAGGAUGCCAUCGCUGUGAUGGAGAAACUGAAGGGCCUCUUGGCUGAGAAACUAGGCUGCGCAGAGGUUGCGGAGGUUUCUACCCAAGCAGUUAACGAAGACCGCGUAAAAGCGGAGGCGGUGGCAGUUAAUGAUAAAAAAAUACGUCUUUUUGUGUUGGCUGAUAACACCUUUGGGUCCUGCUGUCCGGAUGAGAUCACUGCACAGCACUACGGCGGCGAAUGCAUAAUUCACUUUGGAGAUGCAUGCAUGAGUCGAUCUACACGUAUUCCAGUGUUUUAUGUGCAGGACAACUUUCGGUUUACCGCACUUGCAACAUAUCCGCAAGCGGAAGCGAGGGCGAUUUCAGUGCGUAUUCUGCUUUGUGCAGUGAGAAUAUUGCAGCGUCGCCUGAAGGGAUUGUGUGAUGUAUUGGAGGAAAAAGGGAUUUCGGCGGGUGUAUCCUUGGUUGUUGUUGGGAAUCAUCGCUCACGGGGUCUGGUGGAUGCUGCAGCACGUCAUUGGUUGAGUGAGCCACAAACAGCAACGUCCACAGACUGUAACGUGUUAGUUGAGUGGGGCAACUUUGAUUCUGUCGAUGUGACGACCCACACACCUGAUGCGUUUAUGCCCUCAUCUUUUGAAAGACCCUCAUGGAUUAUUAACGGUGUGCGUUUCUCUCGUGCGGAUCCAAGCGUGCUUCAACAUUUCCUGUUUGUUGGUACCUCCAGUGCAUUGUUUCCGCUCCAUCUUCUUAAUGUGCAUCAGUACAACCUCUUUCAUCACCCAGAAGAGUUGCGUGAGGUGGCGUUUGAAAGCGAGAACGCGCCUGCGCUGACAAUACUCGAUGAAAACUUUGGUUGUGGUGGUGAAGCAGGUCUGGCAGAUGAUGCAGUGGGCGGUGAUGUUGAUGAUGGCAUGCGGAAGAUGGAAGCUGCGGUGGAGGCUCACUUUGACUCUAACAACAGCAAACUUGCUCCGAUUCAAGCAACGUUAAGCAAACGGAUGCGGCAACGCGCGUUUAACAUGGAAUUGAUCCGCUGUAGUAGUGCUGUGGGAAUUGUUGUGGCCUCCUUGGCGAUUGAAGGUUACUACGAAACGACAAUGCUGCUCUAUCGGUUCCUACGUGCCCAUGGAAAGCGGGCGUACAUCAUUUAUGUUGGACAUCUAAACAAAUACAAAAUUGCUAAUUUUGUGGAUACUGUGGAUUGCUUUGUCUUGAUUGCCUGCCCCAAUAGCCGUGAAAGUCACUUUCCUACCAAGGAGGAUGAUUUUUCAAAACCGAUUGUGUCCCCCAUUGAGGUUAUACUUGCCCUACGAAUGGAAGACUGUGACUCACCACUCUUCGGUCAUCCGGCCGUAUACAGUACGACGUUUGACUCUGUUCUUCCACUGCUGCGCGAGGCCAUGCAGGCGGUGGAGAAUGCGCGUGCCGCAGGGGAUACCUCCACCGUUGCGGUGCCAAUGGAAGACGGGUGUGGUGCCGCCCUGAUUCGUGCGUCUGCGGGGGUAGUUGCCACACAGGGCGCUAAUGGGGCGUUGGCUCGUCUUCAUGAGCGUACUUUCGUUGGAUUGGACCCGAAAAAUGGGCAAACGCCCGUACAGGACGAAAUCCUUGAAGGACGUCAUGGGAUCGCACGUGGUUACACCACUGAAAGGAAGCAACAGGAUGGGGAGUGGUAG